AUAUAUAUGUAUAUAUGCGAACCUACAUUUUUCCUCGUUUCGUGUCGUUUUAUUUAUACUUGAUUUCAGUUUCUUUUGAUUACAUAGUCGCGGUAAAUAUCAUUAAUAACAGGACGUUAAAAUUAUUAAAUACCAAACUAAUAAAUUAUGUAAAAUUAGGAUUAUAUUUUCAAUUUGAUACGAUAAAAAGUUUUUAAGUCCUAUAACGAACUGUUAAGUCGAUUGAUAAUACCAAUAAAAAGUGUUAUUUACGUCGAUCCAAUUUAAUACCCUAAUUAGAGGAAAAAUAAUUCCAAUGCAAUUUCUUUGCAAUGUCAUGACAUCAACGUACAUAUCAUAUAGGUUUCUACUAUGUACAUGUGUAUAUUUACUAUGUACUUAACUUAUUAUAUGCAAUCAUAGUUAUUAACCUGUGAGCAAUAGCUAUACAUAUAGUAAAUAUGGAUUUUAUGUUAAUGUUAUCACAUCAAUAAAACAUUUUCAAAUCUCAUCUCAAUUUCUUCUCUCAAGCUUUCACAAUUAAAUACAAAUAAUGUCCAGAUUCAGAAUACAAAUGCAGACAAAUUUUAUGAUGAGUUCUUUCUUUAAAAUAUACAUAUAUUUUUUCCGAAAUAUGUUUCAAAUAUAACUAGCUAUUAGCUAUCUAUAGUCUGUUCUUACAUGAUAGAUUGUGUUCGUGACAGAUAUUUGGAGAGAGCUGACAGUACUUUUUUUAGAUUUUUAUUGAAAGUUUUUAUUUAAAAUAAAUUUAUCAUUUACAUUUUUCGGUCCUUGAUUAACUUACAUUCUAAUUUAAUUGAUAUAUUUGACUGGAUAAUCCAUAGUCUGUACUUGAAUUUUUAAAUAUACUAAAAUAGGCAAGUAAACGGCAAAUUGUCUUAAAAAUGUAAUGAUAGAUUACAGAAAUCGGAAACCCGCGUUGACAACAUAACUUCAAGCUGUAUCAUCAGAAGUGAAAAUUAAAAUAGGUGUUUAGUUAACACUUAAAACUAGAACUUUGACGAAGGAAAAAAUGUAAUUUAUAGAUUUUUGGGACAGGUUUUUACGCAAAAAUCGCGUAAUUUUUUAGUUGUAAAUCUUCGACCGAGUUCCUGUAAAUUGUAUCUUAAAGACAUGUCUCAAAUUUAAACAAGGACGGUCCAGUUGAACUGGAGAAAUUAUUUAAUAUACAGUUAUGAGGAAAAACAUUAAUAUUCGAAUAAUGCCUUACUUUGGAAAGUUUUCUUUACAUUUAUAUUAUUCGCCUAUUUAGUUUAUACUUUUUAGGAUACAAACCGAAACUGUGUUAGUAGUCUUCUCUGACGAAACUAUGAUGCGAGUCAGUGGGCAGCGUGUUAACCAUGUACAUAUGUAUGUGUAUGUAUGUGCUUCGGCUACCACCGGUCAAGUGUGGUUUGGCAUUAUUACGUUUAUUACUAUUUAUAGGCACAGUAUGGCCACUUAAUACAAUAAAUAUCCAGGUGCACUGCCAAUGUUAAUAUUAACAACUGGCGUCCAAGCGUAGUUCUUCAUCAAUAAUUUAUUCAAAGCAAUAAAGCGACAGACGUACCAAAUAAAGCGAAAUGGUUCUAAGGCACAACAAACAAAACAAUAAAGAGUAGAAAGUAGAAAGUUACAUCCUCUUUUCAUGAGCUCAUAAUGAUAAAAUCAAACGUUAGUUGAUAGUUCAAGGUGGAACCAUUAGGUGGCACAGUUGAUAUUGAUUAUUAUAAAAGAUAGUCUAAGCUAUAUAUUUUAAUUCUGCCAAAAUGAAAAAAAAAACACAAAUGAUAAUAGUUGCAUAUUGCACAUAUUUCGCCAUCAUCUGCGAUUGAUGUGAUGUCAUGUAUUCAUACAUUUCUGUAUAUGUUCGUUUCCUCAUAAUUGCAGUGAAGAAAUAAGUCUCCUGAAAAAUAGCGCUAUUUAAUAUAAACGAAGUAUCUAAACACCUGUUCCAAAGUUCCACUUAAAUAUUUACUUAAAUACAAGACGAUUUUCAUACAAACCUUGAAUUUGCAACUGACUAUUAGGAACACACGAUCUCUAUUGUUCGCCACUUUCAAUACACAUUCAAAUGUAUAUAUGUACAAGUGCACCAAUAUAUUACAUAUCUAGCAGUCACAAAAAUAGCAGUGCUCUUUUAAGCAUGGCAUAAACUAUUGGGUGCAAUUCAAUUUUAAAGUAACUUGUUUUCCGUUUCUGCAAUAAUGAUUAACUAUAAUAACACAAUAAUUAAACUAAUAUUUAGUGAAGUGGGCUUUGUUCUGGAAAUCUGUAGCGUAUCUUCGCGACACUGUAUCCAUUCGCUCUACAUUCUAUAAAAAGUUUUUAUUAGUGGGUAUUUUUCUAAAAAUAUAUCACUUGAGAUCUCCCACUCAUUUCUGGUGAAGAUCAAGCCGGUACAUUGGGCUAUCUUUUCUGUAUUGUUAUCUCAGGUGUAACCGAACAUUAAAUACUCUCGUAAUUUAUUUAUUUAAUUAUAUUAAUAUUAUUAACUAUUUGACUCACAUAUUUUGCAUAUGUAUGGUUUAAAGUCCAUUGAAACUUUGAAAACCCUAAUAUUAGACAUAUGGGAGCUAGGGGAAGUUAUGACCCGAUUUCACUCAUUUUGGCACCGAGAUAUAUUAUUAUAAGAAAAUGAUUCCCCCCGAAUUUCUUUAAAAUAAAUGAGAGAUUUACCUAUAUUUUCGGUAAAAAAUUAAUCAAAAGCACUGAUGUUCUCAUGUUCGAUAUAUGGGGCAUUGUGAACUUAUGGUCCGAUUUCGACGAAGGCGAUGCCACACCUUAAAUACAAGUUGUGCAAAGUUCUGUUCCGAUAUCUUUACUAAUGCAUACUUUACAUGUUGUAAAGUAAACGAUGGUAUAUGCAAAGUAGGCGUGGUUGUGAGCCGAAUUAGCCCAUUUUCAAAACAUAUCAUUGGAAUGUCAGGAAAAUGUUAUGAGUUUCAUUGAAAUUGAUAGAGUAGUUUCUGAGAAAUGGUUUUUCUCCCAUAAGUGGGCGGAGCCAUGUCCAUUUAAAACUCUGUAUAUCAAUUUGAGUGAAGCUCUUCUGAACCAUAUUUAUAAUGAAAUUUAACGUUUCAGUGUUUUUCGUUACUCAAUUAAAGCAUUUUUAGUAGCUUUCAACAUAAUAUUUGUGGGCGUGGUUAUAAUCCGAUUUAUUCAAAUUUUUGGACUUCAUAACGAAGUGGGUGAAAGAAAUUGCUCCAAAAAGUGUGGUUUAUAUAGCUUUAGUAGUUUACGAGAUAUGUACAAAACACUUAUUAGGGGGCGGGGCCACGCCCACUUUCCCAAAAAAACUACAUCCCUUUCUAGUUCGAUCUCUUGUACCAAAAUUUACUUUUAUAACAUUCUUUAAAGCUUAGUUAUGGCAAUUUACAUGUUUUCGCCAUUUUGUGGGCUUUUGAGAAAUUUCUUCCUGUGUUUAUUCUAUUCUAUUAUUUUGAUAUUUGAGGUGGUCCAUACCAGAGAUCUGCAUUGAGUAAUAAUGAAAUUAGUGCACUAACUCAUGAGCCAAACAAAUUGGUACCAAUACUAACAUCAAAAAUGACAAAGACUCGUUUCCACCAAACCAAAAAAAAAACUCAUAGUAUUUCUACACUUAUAUGUGCCGUCAAUUUAUGACUCAAAUGAGUUUAUAGUAACAAUUUGAUUUUACUCACUUAUUCAUUGGUAACGAUGAAAAUAAACUUGAAUGAGUUCGCUACACUGAUCGGCAUGAGUGGAAUUGUGACUUCGUAGCUGAGCACGAAAGUAAAGAUAUCCAGUACUUUGUCACAUUACAUUUUUCAUUAUUUCAUUGAACAUGCAUUUUCGUGUGUCUUUAUUAAUUUUCAAUAUAUUACUAUUAAAAGAAAUAUAUUAGAACCUAAACGUAUUAACUUUACUGUCAUAAAAUAACUUAAAACAUGAAGAAAUACCAGAAAAAAGCUGGGCUUAGAUUUUUUUACAAAAUGGAAAAUGAGCGUGGCAUCGCCCACUUAUGGGUCAAAAACCAUAUCUCAGGAACUAAUCGACCGAUUCGAAUGAAAUUUGAUGGAAUCGGUUCACAACCACGACAACUUCCCAUAUAACUCAAUUUUGAAUUCCAUCUCAUUCCUUCGCUUUAUAAUAUAUACAUUAGGAACCAAUGAAGAUUACACAAAUACUGAAUAUGAUCUGUGGCAUCACUUGUGCAAAAAUUAUCGAAAUCGGACUAUAACUUUUGUCCCGGAUAUCGAAUAUGAAGAACUCAGUGUCUUAUGGUAGUUUUACAUAGAAAACAUCGGUAAAUCUCGCAGAUAUCCCAAUCUAAUUCAGAGGAUAUCUGUUUCUUCUAAUAGUGGGCCUCUGUACCAGAAAGGGUUAAAAUCUCCUAGUUCCCAUAUAGCUAAUUAUAGGAUUUUCAAAAAUGGGCUUAAUAGCUUAUAAAUCGGUUAACCCCUUGACGUAUUUCCACAUGCCUGGCUCGUGGUACAAUUUCUGUGCCUAAAUUGAUAAUCCCGAGUCUGACUCGUGAUGUGUAGAAGUGUACAUUUGAUGAAAUGAGAAUUGAAAUUUUCCGGUUAUUUCCGUGCACAACAUCUAAUCUAAAGUAAAUUGUUUUAUUACAUGCAUUCUCAUUUCGUUUCGUUUUGCUACUGUUCGUAAGCAUCAAAACAGGUUUGUUUAGUGCAAGUUUUAUGCGAACAGUUGGAAGGGAAUUUCGUUGCGCUAAUUGGUACGUCAAGGGAUUAAUAUGUGAAAUUAGGUGAACCUAUAAUGUAUGUUGGUGAUGAAAAUGAGUAAAAUCGGUUUAAGAAUUACCUAAACUAUCCUAUAUAUGAUGAUUUUCGUUUUUCAAUUGGACUUUAUGCCGAAUAUAUGGGUCAAAUUGUAUGUUAUCUUAAUAAAAAUAUAGGAAUAAAUUGCGAGAGUAUAAAAUGUUCGGUUGCCUUUCCUUACUUGUUAUAUUUAUUAAUUUUAACAAUACCCAAAAUUUACCUUCUUUCGACAUCACAAUUAACUAAUUAAUAAAUUGUUAUUUAAAUGCUUUCUUACGGAAGCAUCGCCAAACCAUUAUUACAAAUUAUGACAUUGAUUUUCGGAAGUUUAAAUUUCCCUUAAGUAAUGUUAUCACUUAAUUAUAUUGAUAUACUUUUCGUUGUUUGUGAGAUACAUAUAUGUAUGUAUAUUAAAGCUUUGUUUGACUUAUUUAUAGUAUUUUAUAGUUUUUCCGCUUAACUGCCAAUUGUGGACGUGUUGUAUUCUUGACAGACGGCAGCGUUAAUCCCGAUUAACUCAGCACUUAAUCAGAUUCAAAUUUGUAGGUGACAGACGGCAGCAAAGCGAGUUUGAAACUCUCAUAAACAAACAAUAAAAUUUUAUAGAAAGCAAAUAUUACGGUUAUUAGCCGCACAAUUAGUACAAAAUUACUAAUUAUUAAAAGCAUACACAUAAAUACGUUAUUAUUAGAACUUCCACAACGGAAAAAUUUAGUUAUUUCAUUGCAAGCAUAUGUUUUUGUUUAUAUUUAAUUGAAAAACAGCUGUCCGUGCGGCUAGUAUAUCAAAAACGGCCGUUUUUAACAAUGUUGCCAACGAAAAUGUCACUAGCCAGGGAGUUAUCAAACGGAGUUAACUGGGAUAACUCCCGAAAUAAUCCGGAUUAACGCCGCUGUUUGUCAGGGGUAUUAUGGGUUUGGUUUUUCGCAUUUUUCAAUUUUAUCAUAGGGCAAAGUACUUGGUAUCCUGUUUCAAUCAAGUUUUACUCAAGUUAAACCUGAGACAGACAUGUAGUACAUAUUGUAGUAUUCUUCAGAAACCAUAUGUGUAUCACCGGUUUUCCGAAUUUUGUUUGAAAGCAAAUGGUGUUCCGUGCUACAAUAGAAUUCUAGAAACCAUUGAAAUUUUGUGGUGUUGUGAAAAAUAAAUAGGAAUCAAAAACCAAAAUUUGAAAAAAUGAUGUGAAAAAUAUGUACAUAAUAUGUAUGUAAUCUAUACCAAUAUUAUACAGCUGAAGAGUUAGUUUGUUUUUCUGAACGCGCUAAUCUCCGAAACUACUGGUUUGAAUUGAAUAAUUCUUUUUGUGUUGGAUAGUCCAUUUAUCGAGGAAGGCUAUAGGCUCUAUAGCAUCACCAAUAGGAACGAAGAAACAGUGGUAAAUGUGUAAAAAAACGGGGGAAAUUAUUAAUCUUUGGGUGCUUCCGUUCCUUGCGCUGCGAAAGCGGUUCAAGGUACACAAAAGUUAUGUAUGAAAGAAUUAUUUCUCUUUAAAUGAUCUAAAAAAGUCCGUGAGCACCGUUUUUGUGAUAACUAAUUUGGUCGAAAUUAUUUGUUAGAGUUGUAUUAACAUAAUAAUAUUAAUAUUUAUCCAAAUAAAUGUGUUGUUGGUUAAGACUAUUUAAUUCUGAAUAAAAUUGUCUUUGACGACAACUUAAAAGAUAAUAUUACAAAUAAAUAACUCCGAAACAAAAUCAACUCGCAUUCUGCGCUGCGCUGGCCGGCGGGCGAGAAGCGGUGUUUGCGGGCGCGCCGGAGGGUGGUGUAGCUCUACGAGAUACCAUGACGCGCGGCUCACUCGCGCGGUCGGCUCCUUACUGAACGGUCGAACGCAGCGCUAAUUUGUUUUUGCGAUAUAUUAUCAUCGUAAUAAUACUUUUAAAACACAUUUUCAUUUUGUAGUUGUUUUCUAUAUAGUAGAUAUUUUUUUGUUUUAGUAUCUUACUUUGUUUCAAAUAGUUUCGCAGUAAUUAAUUCUUUUUUUGUUUUCAUGUAGAUUAUUAAUUAAAUAAGUAGGUUAGUUUACCUUAUUUUCGUUUUACGGUAAUUCUUUUGACAUAAUAUUCAGUUUACGUAAAUACCAAGUGCAGGUAAAAAUAAUAUGAGAUAAGUGCAAUUCUCUAGAAGCACUUGACAGAACAAUGAAAGAUCUGUGGAAUAAUAAUCGUCGCUUUGGUUGCGCAAUGAUACCGUUAACAGGAUAUUUUCGACAAAUACUUCCUGUUAUUCCAAAAUCAACAGCGGCGGAUGAAUUGAAUGCAUGUCUCAAGUCAUCGUAUUUGUGGCGGUACGUGAAAACCACACGAUUGACCAUGAAUAUGCGAGAGUUCCUGCAAUAGGAUAGCACCGCAGAAGAACUGUUAAAAGUUGGGAAUGGGCAAAUUCCGGUUGAUUUUUCAAUGGUUUGAUAUCAAUUCCACCUGCCAAUUGUCAAUUAACUUCAACGAAAGAUGAACUCAUCACGAAUGUAUAUCUGAAUACAUUGGCCAAAAUUAUAAGUAACUACGAUUGGUUGAGCACACGCGCAAUUUUAGCUGCCAAAAAUACGGAUGUCGAUGACUUAAACUAUACGAUUCAAAGUCAAAUUCCGGAAGAUUUGUGUUGACACAAAUCUAUCGAUUGUGAUGAAAUUGAAGACAAAGCCGUGAAUUAUCCAGAAGAAUUUCUUUGGAUUUGUCUGGCAUGGCACCGCAUCAUUUGCGUCUCAAAGUUGGAUCUGACAUUAUUAUGGUUCACAAUCUUCAUGCGCCGAAACUGAGUAAUUGAACCUGACUGAUUGUGACGCAGCUAUCGAAUAAUGUGGUAGAUGGAAGAAUUUUGCAAGGGACUUACAAGGGCGCAGAGUGUUUGUUUUCACGAAUCCUUUUGAGUUCCAAAGAUUCGCCAUUUCAGUUCAAACCUAUUCAGUUUCCAGUGAGACUUACAUAUGCGAUCAACAGGUCACAAAUACAGUCACUGGAAAUGUGUGGUAAAUCUGGAAAUGCCAUGUUUUUCACACGGCGAGCUAUACGUGGAGUGUUCACGAGUUGGAAAACCAUCUUCUCUGUACAUUUACGCCCCGGAGCAGAAAACAAAGAAUGUUGUAUAUCAAACUGCGUUACGUGAAACAUAUGUAGAAAAAUCGCAAAUAAAUCGCAAAAUGACACUUCUCAACAACACUCUUUACUUUUCAAAACAAAUGCUUUCACGCAGGGCAACGACUGCGGGAUCAGUUAGUAUGUAAUAAUUAUAAUGGACAAUAAUAUUUUAAGAUUGCUUGAAGUUAUAACUAAGUCAGAAUCAAUUUUCCUGCCUGUUAUUCAUAAUUAUAUUUUGCUUGAAUUUAUUUGUAUCAGCUGAUGGAUGCAAACAUAAUACAAUACUACAUGUCUAUCACCAUGCUGGCAUAUUGUUUCUUGAGCUUUUAUUGUAGUACACAUCGUUGUAUAGAAACCAUAUGUCUGUCUUCGGCAUAGACAGACAGUCAUUCGAAAUUAAAUUCAUCUUGAUAUAUAUAACUAUAAAUGUAUCUCGAUAAGUUUUACCAAAGAAUUAUUAUAUGUGCAACACGUUUCGAGACUCUUUCGAUUUGCUUAUUCAGAAUUGGUUAGUUAGUAAAUUCAUAUACUUUUACACUCAAACGAAAUAUAAUACAGUAGUUUUCCGAAAUAAAGAACACAUUAAUUGUCAGGACUGUUCGUUACAUCGAAUUUUUGUUAAUUCGUGUACUCACUUAGAGGUAUGUUUUUCAAUAAUGAGUUAAAUAUCCGUUAAUUGCAGUUUAAUAUAUAGUUUUAAUAAAAUAUUUGUUAAAAAAUGAAAAACCAUAACAAAAAAAUUAAAAUCCAAUAAAUUCUUCCAAAGCACAUUUCUUUUGAAUUUUUUCAAGUUUUAUUUUUAAUUUUGGUUUGAAGCAACAACCGCGCCGUUUGUUCUGCGUUUUCCAGACUAGAUAAAGAAGCGAAGCGUAUGGGUCUGGUGGUGAAUGAGGACAAGACGAAAUAUCUCCUGUCAUCAAACAAACAGUCAGCGCACUCGCGUCUUGGCUCCCACGUCACUGUUGACAGUCAUAACUUUGAAGUUGUAGAUAAUUUCGUUUAUCUGGGAACCAGCAUUAACAACACCAACAAUGUCAGCCUUGAAAUCCAACGCAGAAUCACUCUUGCCAACAGGUGCUACUUUGGACUGAGUAGGCAAUUGAAAAGUAAAGUCCUCUCUCGACGAACCAAAAUCAAACUCUAUAAGUCGCUCAUUAUUCCCGUCCUGAUGUAUGGCGCUGAAGCGUGGACGAUGACAACAUCCGAUGAGACGACUCUUGGGGUUUUCGAGAGAAAGGUUUUGCGCAAGAUUUAUGGUCCUCUAAACAUUGGCAACGGCGAAUACCGCAGACGAUGGAACGAUGAGCUGUACGAUUUAUACGACGACAUUGACAUAGUUCAGCGAAUAAAAAGACAGCGGCUACGCUGGCUAGGUCAUGUUGUACGGAUGGAAGAAAACACUCCAGCUCUGAAAGUAUUCGAUGCAGUACCCGCUGGAGGAAGCCGCGGAAGAGGACGACCUCCACUCCGGUGGAAAGACCAAGUGCAAAGUGACCUGGCUUCACUUGGUGUUUCCAGUUGGCGCCAAAAAGCAAAAAGGAGGAAUGAGUGGCGCGCUCUGGUGGAUUCGGCUAUAAUCGCUUAAAGCGGUUCCUACGCCAAAUAUAUAUAUAUAUAUAUAAUGUAACAAAUUUGCUUGUUGGUUAUAAACGGUUUUCUUAAAACGAAUAUUCGUUAUUUCGGAAAACUACUGUAAUUGUAAAUGCAUAUAUGCCAUAAUUCUUAUCAUUUUUGUAUGUGCAGAACUUUAAUGAACGGCUUAAGGGGUUAUAUACAGUUAGACGGCCGAAAAAAAGUGAAUUUUCCAGAAUUUUUUCUGAGAAAACUUUUUAAUUUAUUGAUCCAAAAAUUUAUUGGUAUCUUUUAACUGUAUUUUAAGACUUAUUACUAGUAAAAAUAUUUAUUUGAAAAAGAGCUACAGCUGAUCACCAGGAGCUCCACUCAAAAAAGACGUUUUGCGGUGGCCACUACAUCUCGGAACUGGAUCAUCCGAAAUUAAAAAACCAAACAGAUUUCGUUAAAAUAAUGUUAAAUCUAGUAAUUAAUCGAAGGAUUAAGCAAAAUACAAUUUUUUGACAAAAUGGCGGUUUCUCAAAAAAAAAAAUCGAUUUUUCACCGAAGUUUCGGCCUUAAAUUGUUUAUAAAAAAAAAUAUUUAUCGAAGAGAAAAAAUCUUCGAUUAAUUACUAAAAAAUAUAUUUAAGAAGGUCGUGUUAAAAUUUGAGACUAAUCGGUCUAGCCGUUUUCGAGUAAUGUUGGUCACCGACUUUGAAAACACCAUUUUGAAAAACGCGUUUAAAGUUUGGACCUUGUACUUCCAAGCACUCUGAAACGCCUUUUCAAAUUUUUCAUUUGCUUGUAACUUUGAAAAUAUUCACCGGAACGAUAUGAAAUUUUCUGUGUGUAUUCUUAAAUAUAUGUACAUUAAGAAAAUGAAAUAAAAAAAAUCGAUUUUUUGAAAAUUCUAACUGUAUAUAACCCCUUAAGCUAUAGUGAUAAAAUGCCGAGAAAACCUGGGGACAAAUUCAGAUAGGGCACAGGAAAAUAUACAUUUUUACAAUAAGCUCAUACUGCAAUAUUAUUUUCGCAUUAAAAACGUAUUUGUAUCUCAAAGUGCUAUUUCAUCCGAUUUUAGCGAUAUCCCAAUUAUUUGAUACCUAUGUAGUGAUAAAAGAAAUUUGUAUUUUAAAAUAGGCCUCACCGAAUAUCUACCACCAACGAAUACUUGGUUCGUCUGGCUCACAGCCCGUACAACAUAUAGCAAUCCAUUUUUUGAUUUCCGCAUAUAGUUUUUUUAAUACAAAAUAUUCUUUCAUUAACAAACGAAAUUCCUUUUUAUUACGUUUUUUUUAAGAAUAUAAAAUAUUGCAUUACUAAUUAACAUGAGGAUGCAAUUAUUGUGGCUAUGCUCUGCCCCUUUUUAUAUUGCACUAUUUCAGUAAGUUUUUAAAGUAAUGUAUGCUCAUAGAUAAUGGUUUUUUAAACGGAAGAAUUUUCAUGGCUUGUUCAAAGAAUUGUGAUAACGCUGCAAGAAAUUUGCUAAGUUUAUCAUAUUUUACGGCAGUUAGCAGUGAAAAGAAUUCUGGCCCAAGAUCAAUUCAUCACACUUCUAGGUUAAUGUAAGAAAUUGCCAAAUAAAGAAAGCAAUUAUUUGAAUCGAUAUCGUUGGUUUGUUGCGUUCGCAACUUUGUUCAAUAUGAAUAUAAAGAAAUCGCUUGAGAUUAAAUGUUUUUUGUGUCCCCUAGGGUACUUAAAGCGAAUACAAAUAAGCAUAUCUACAUGUACACAAACAUAUGAUUUACUGAAGCGUACUCAAUAGAUAAGCUUUGUCGGCAUGCUUUUGGAACCUAAAAUGAUUGAUGAUUGUUACGAAAAAUUUAUAAUUAUAGUGGAUGGAUAUAAAUGCAUGAGUAUGAAGGCAGGUGCUACUGUUAGAAAUCGAAUAAAAUCAAAAACCAGUAAGGAAGGGUAAAGUUCGAGUGUAACCGAAUAUUUUAUACUCUCGCAAUUUAUUUAUUUAUUUUUAUUAAGAUAACACAUAUUUUGACCCACAUAUUCGGAACAAAGUCCACUAGAAAACAAAAAUUUUUGUAUAUAUUAUAUGAAGACUGGGGUAAUUCAUGAACCGAUUUCAAAAAUUUUUGAUACCAAGAUAUAUUAUAUCCAAGAUUUUACGCUCACUUAAUUUUGAUAAGAUAUCUCACAUAUUAACCGAUAUAUACAGUAUAAAGUCCACAGGAAGUUUGAAAAUCCGGAUAUGAGGUAUAUGGGGGCUCGACUUAAAACUGCAUUACCGGGAAAGUAGACGUGGUUUUGCACCGAAUCCGCCCAUUUUCAAACUAUAGCAUUGGUAUGCAAAGCAAAUAUUAUGAACCGACUUCUGUUGAAAUUGGUCGAAUAAUUUCUAAAAUAUGGUUUUUGAUCCAUAAGUCGGAGGAGCCACGCCCAUUUAAAAUUUUGUAUUAAGAUUUGAAUGUAGCCCUCUGUAUAAUCUUUACCAUGACAUUUAAAGUUUCUGGUGCUUUUUAUUACGGAAUUAAAGCAUUUUUAGUAGUUUCCAAUAUAACUUUUGUAUGAGAGGUAGACGUGCUUAUAAUCCAAUUUACUCCAUUUAGAUUAUAUAAAGAAUUGCUCAAAAGAAAUUACUCUAGAAAGUUUGGUUGAAUAGCUUUAGUAGUGAAAUAUGAAAAAAAACUUAAUAGAGGCCGGGCCACGACCAAUUUCCUCAAAAAUUCACUAAUAUGUGCCCCUACUAGUGCGAUCCUUUAUUCCAAAUUUUACUUUUAUUUAUGGCUUAGUUAUGGCACUUACUCUCUUAGCAACUUUCUUGCGAGAGUAUAAUAAUUGUUAAAAUUCAUAGGCGCGACAGUUAUACAUAUAUGCAGGUAAUAUUAUAUAAAGGGUGAUCCAUUUCGAAGUGCCCUACUUUUUUAAAGAAAGAAACAAGGAAAAUUCAAAUUUAAUGGGGAAUGAUUAUUAUUAUUCGAAAGAAAACUCUUUGGCAUUUAUUUUUUAAAGACUUGAGUUCAAUUUUCGAUGACACGUUCGAACAUUUCGACUAUUAACUGGCAAAUGACAUGCGUGAUGUCUUGCUUCAAAGCCUGAGUCGAAGCGGGAUUGUCCGCAUAGACUUCAUAAUUUACAUAUGCUCGCAGGAAAAAGUCUAACGGUGUGAUAUCACAUGAUCUUGUUGGCCAAUCGAACUAUCCAAAACGUGAAAUUAUCUGCUUACCGACGUGUUCUCUCAAUAAAUGCAUUGAAACCAAACACCAGCCUCUAACUUAGAUAUACAGUAAUCCCCGCUUAAGUACCCCUUAUUAACAUGCAAGUCUUUUGAGACACUUAAGCGGUAAAGGCACUUAAAUGAAUCCCGCUCGUGGUACUUACCAGCAUUUUCCCUUUCCCCAUUUCACUGUAUUAUGAAAAUAGUGACGGAAUGUGAUUCAUAAAUCGUUACAAAAUUUCAAAACCACUUCUUUCAAUAUAUAUGAGAGAUAUGCACAACAAAAUGUGUAUUGUAUUAAGAAAGAGACCAUCUAGGUCCCAUUUUUAUGAAUAGACGGCACUGACUCCGAUAUACUUAACUUAUUUGAUUUAAAUAAUGAAUAUAAAAUAUAAGCAACUCGGCAAGCAUUUUUGAAUGCGAGUAAAUAUUUGAACUAGAUAAGAGUGCGACAAAGCCAAUUAAUACACUAUAAUUAAUAUGCAACUGACUAAUUGUUAAAUAUUCCAGAGGCACUGGUAAUGAAAUUAGACUCUAGUGUGAGUAGUGAUACGCUAAUUGAAAAUACUGCCGGUCGUGCGUUGUGAUAGAUUUUUAUAAAAAAUAUUAAUGGUUUUGUAAAAUUAUUUUAUAGUAAUUACACAUUUCGUUUAAUUUUUUAUGUCGAACUUGUAAAAUAAUGUAUUAUCUCCGCAAACCAGCAUCCACUCUUUCAAUUCCUGGCUCGAUGAAAACACCUUCUAUAGCGAAUCGGGAACAGAACUCAUCGGGAUGCAACGAAGAAGCAGCCGAGGCACUUGUGGGUAUCCACUCCGAUUACCCAAGGUAUGAAAUGUAUAUGGAGGAACGAGCGCUUACUGGCGGUAAUACAUCCAGAAAGCCGUCAACGAUUUCAGCAAAGCACAAACCUAAUGUUGGAUAUAGACUUGGUAAAAGAAAAGCUCUAUUUGAGAAAAGGAAACGCAUUAGUGAUUAUGCAUUGGUAAUGGGCAUGUUCGGUAUAAUCGUUAUGGUGAUUGAAAAUGAAUUAAGCAGUGCUGGUGUUUAUACAAAGGCUUCGUUUUACUCGACGGCGUUAAAAACGUUAAUAUCUGUUUCGACUGUGAUUCUUUUAGGUCUUAUUAUAGCUUACCAUGCUUUGGAAGUGCAGGUGAGAUUGUUCAUGAUAGAUAAUUGUGCUGACGAUUGGCGGAUCGCAAUGACAUGGCAACGAAUUAGUCAGAUAAGUUUAGAACUUUUUAUAUGUGCAAUUCAUCCGAUUCCUGGUGAAUAUUAUUUCCAAUGGACUACAAAAUUGGCAAAUAAAAAUAAAACUAUGGGCACCGAAACAGUACCCUAUGAUGUGGCGUUAUCAUUACCCAUGUUCCUUCGGCUAUAUUUAAUAUGUCGGGUUAUGCUUCUUCAUUCGAAAUUAUUUACAGACGCAUCGUCGCGGAGUAUAGGAGCCCUCAACAGAAUUAACUUCAAUACCAGAUUUGUUUUAAAGACUUUAAUGACAAUAUGUCCUGGAACGGUGCUACUCGUUUUCAUGGUAUCCUUAUGGAUUAUUGCUUCAUGGACUUUGCGACAGUGUGAAAGGUUUCAUGACGAAGAACAUGCAAAUCUUUUGAAUGCAAUGUGGCUGAUAGCAAUAACAUUUUUAAGUGUUGGUUUCGGUGAUAUUGUACCAAAUACGUACUGUGGACGUGGCAUUGCCGUCAGUACAGGAAUAAUGGGUGCCGGUUGCACAGCUUUGCUUGUGGCGGUCGUAUCAAGGAAGUUGGAGCUCACCCGGGCUGAAAAGCAUGUUCAUAACUUUAUGAUGGAUACACAACUAACGAAAAGGCUGAAAAAUGCAGCGGCAAAUGUUCUUCGUGAAACUUGGCUCAUUUACAAACAUACAAGACUAGUAAAACGGGUUAAUCCCGGACGUGUAAGAACCCACCAAAGAAAGUUCCUUCUAGCUAUAUACGCGUUACGAAAGGUUAAAAUGGAUCAACGAAAACUAAUGGAUAACGCAAAUACAAUAACAGAUAUGGCGAAGACUCAAAACACGGUCUACGAAAUUAUUUCGGAUAUGUCGAGUCGUCAAGAUUCUAUUGAAGAGCGACUUACAAAUUUAGAGGAUAAAUUGCAGACAUUGCAGGAUCAUUUAGAGAGCUUACCAGAUAUAAUGUCUCGUUGUCUAACUCAACAUCAAGAAAGAAUAGAACAACGGAAGAAUUUUCUACAUCCAGAUGCAGCAGUUACUUCAGUGCAGGCUUCGCCACAGUCCUUGUUCAACGCAUCCCCGAUGUUAUUUCCCCACUCAAGAAGUGUUCCCUCAUCCAAUAAUGUUGCUGCAACAUACCAUUGGCCAACCAGUCCUAUUUUGCCACCUGUAUCUAGUAGAACUCCACAUUUAGUGCCUGAUACUCACAUGCCAUCGAAUGGAUCUGCCGCAGUUAAUAGCUACGCAUCUUCAAAUAAAUAUGGUAGCUGAAUAGAAGAAAAUGAGUGCUCCACGCCCGUCACCAACAUCGAGAUGCCUAACAUUAGUAUACCACUAUCAUUAGCAUCGCCCAAGUUAAAUAUUGCAAAACCGGAAAAUGGCAUUAGUGGGGUCAAAUACAAUUCCGAUUUGCCGUCAAAUAUCGGCCGAAGAGUACCCAACGCUUUACAUUUCAUUAUGGAGACUACAAUUUCCGAAGACGCCGAAACAAAUAUACAAGAUUCGCCAGAUAGUUCAUCAACAACAACACAGCUAAAAGAAACACACGUAACAUCACCAACCGUAUGCACAAGGGCCGCGACAAUGGCCACCAAUAAAUUCACCAGGAAGAGAGAACGUCUAUAUAAUAGCUAUAGCUUUAUAAGUAGUGGUAAUAGUACUAAUUCUAACGAUUUCAUUUCGAAAAAGGACUGCUUUAAGGCUUCUUCGAAAUGAAAGCGACCUAACGACUUAAGAUAUAACAUAGUUCUAUUAUACACCCAUAUGUACAUAUAUACACAUCUACCAUUGCGUUAUAAAUACUAAUAUUAUUUAUAAUCUAUUAUGGUCGGUCAACAAAAAUAAUAUAAGAAACAUAUAACAUGCAUAUAUAAAUUACAUAUAUGGUUAUACCAAGAUAUCUAUAUAUAUAUAUAUAUAUAUAUAUAUGUAUAUAUAUAUAUAAUUUUAACACCUUUUUUUGUUUUUCCACACUAUAUACAUACAAAUAGUUAGCUAUCUAGUACAUAUAUGUACAUAUUCAUCAAUUAAAGAAAAGUUGCAAAGAAAGUGCGAUAUGAAACGAUUUAACUAAACGAAUAAUCCACUUUUAUUGUGGAAGUUUGAUCCAAAACUUCCUUCACGCAGAAAACAUUUUGCAUAAUGAAGUUUUGGGGAAAAAUACAACAACGAAAACAUAGCAAAAGAUUAUUUGGUGUCCAAAAUAUAAAAAAAACAAUACAACAUACAUAUAGUGGAACUCGAAUCACCAUAAUCCACAAAAAAACUUCGAGUUAAAGAGACUUCGAGUUAUAUAUUUUCAUUAAAACAUAUAAAUUUUCAAAAAGCUGUAAAAUAUAGAUUUAUGCUUAUUUAGUUACUCCGAAAAAAUGUUUAUGGACAUACGAUAAAAGACGUUUUCUGAAAUUUUGUUUGUUGUAUUUUGCUAUUGUUUGGCUCUUGACGUCUGUAUCCCAUGCCUUGUGUUAGAUGAUUUAUGCAAUCCAUAAGUGUAAUAUUAUAUUUUUUUUUCGCCUCCGUACCAUAUAGAAGGACUCUUUUAAAAUUCUGCCUCGAUAGUAAAAUUUUAAAUUUUGUAUUAUACCCUGGUCAAAAAGUUCGACUUAUGGGAGGAAAUUUUUAUCAAAUUUGAAUUCUAUUGCCAAUUCUAGAGUUGGAGUUAUGGAGAACUUCGAGUUAAGGAAGUUUGAGUUAUGGAAAAACAUUUGUAUGAUAUUUGAUUUCUAAACGCUAUUGUCAAUUCAAAAGUUCUAGUUAUGAAGAUCUUCGAGUUAUGGAAGUUCCACUGUAUAUGUAUCUUAUUAUUUAAAAAAUUAACUUUAAAUAUUAUUUGAAAAAAUGUAAUAAAAAUAUAAUUUGUGAAUAUGUGCAUAUAUAAGCAAGCAUAGUAUGUAGUGGUGUAGUAAAACCAUGUGAGACAACUAAAACCCUUGAAUUGUACAUACACAGAGACUAGGCAUAGCAUAUCUUAGUAAACUAAACAUUUGUUUCAGACAGAAAUUUUAAUAUUCUUUUAUUUCGUUAGAUUCCAAUGAGCCAUAUUCUUAUUAAUCCAUUAAUUUAAUAGUAAAUCUCAAUGUCAAAAAAAUAAAGCGAAGAAUGUAAUUCUCAUGAAUUCUUUUCUCGACCAUAAGGAAGAAAAUGUGAAGAACACAUAACAACGCGUAGUAGUUAACGCACCCUAAUUUUAACGAUCGACUAAUUUUGUUUAUAUUAAAUAGUUGUCUUUUGUUUAUUACUCAAGUGAAGUGUCUAUAUUAGUUACAAUAAAAAACCUAAUUUAUUGAAUGCAUUAACAUAUUAUAUUUGCGCUCUUAUCUUAUCUGCUCUCUUAUCAAAAAGUGUAAAUACAAAAACAAUAUAAAGUUUUCGUGUUGUAUUGGAUACAAGAGGGUAUGUCAUUAAUGUAGUAUAGCCGCUAUCUUCAACGCUAUCAAAUUAUGCUUAACAUAUUGUAGACCGGUUUCCCAAUUGUGAAUAGCUCAAAAGACAAAUUACUGUCAAAAAUGGCAAUAGACAUAUUUUUUUAAUUUAUUUUAAUUUGAAAUAAAUUAAAAUUGUAAAAAUAAUCUUCAGGUAUGCUCGCUGUUCGAAACCAAGGACGUUUUAUUCUACAUAUUAAAGUGUAUAUCCACCAAAGUAGAUAUGUGGCCAAUUAAGACAGAAUGUAGAAAUGAUUUUUAAUGUAAUCCCAGUUUGUUUGAAUAAUUAAUGAAAUAUAAAAAAACAACCAACAAUAAAUUAUAAUUAAGAAUUGUAUGGGCAACGCAAGAAGACACAUCAAAUGAAAUGUAAUGAAAUCCCCAUAAGUUUUCCUAAUGCGGCUCUCAAUAAGCGAAAGCAAACAACUGCUAAAGUUCAGCUAAUAAUGGUCAUAUAAAUAUGUACAUUUUGAUUACCUUGCCUUGAAUUACUUUCCGCACAUGAAAUUUCACAAUUAAUAGAACUAUAUAGUAUAUGAGUUAAUUUCUUAAGUGUAUUAAAAAAAAACAUAAAAUUACAGAUUACGAGAAUCGUUAAAACGGUAUAGUCUAUACACAUACAUACAAACAUUACAAUUAUUACAGAAGUACUAGUUUGUAAAUAGUAAUUAGAGUUGACAUGUCACUACUGGAGCUGUAAAUUUUAUAACUGUUUUAUUCGGUUCCAUUUACACAAAAACCAAUAUGUAUUGACAGGUGUCCAAGUCAAAUAAGAAAAACCUCUUAACAUUUGUAUGUAGUUCUUAGUAAACAUUAUUUAUUGUACAAUAUGUAAGUACUAAAUGAAAUGAAUGAUUGUUAUAAUGAUAGUGCGAGUGAAUUCUGAACGAUUUUAUUCGUGUGAUUUUGUAGACAAAAUAUUUAAAUACAGUUUUACCUUUUUAAGAUAAAAGGAAAAAAGACUUAUAUAAGUAAUUACAAAACAUUUAGAUAAACAAAAUGUAUUAACUCUAAUAAAAAUGAUUCCAUAAUAUGCAAUUCAUUUGCCUGUCAAACUAAAUUUGCAUUUGCGCAAGUAUUUUUUGGCAAUAAACAAGAAGAAACAAAUGUUUAAUGUUUCCGAAACAAUGUACAUAUGUAUGAAUGUGCACUCAAAUGCUCGAUUCACUGCAAAAAUUGUAUUUUCUCUCUUUAUUUUGAUAUUGAAUAGAUAGCCUAGCCCCCAGUAUUUGCCAUUUCUGGAAUAACUUCACAGCGUCACUACAAAUAUUUAAGGUCACAUUUGGAGACAUACUGUGGAAGCUACAAAUACUUAUUCACAACUAAUAUUUACGUCAUAUAUUCUUCGCGAUUUCCUCCUGGGUGCAGCUAAAUGUAAUUUGUCUAUAACAUAAAGUAAAUUGUUGAUCACAAAUAUAAGCAUUAGUUAAACCAAUUUUUCAAAGAACUCUAAGACCAAAAAGCCAGUCCAAAGAAUACAAUUAUUCGACAAUUGCGUAAACACAUACCUUAUAUGUCAUUACUGAGCGUAAAUAACUCAAACGAUUUUAGUUUAGAUUUAAAAACUUAUUAUUCUUUCAUGAUAUAUCCUAAAUUGAAAUAAGUCAACGAAGCUGCCACUGAACGCAUCUGGAAAAAUGCAAAUGAAAUAAAAUUUUAAAUGUUGUUUGGCAUUGAAAAUGUAUCUAAAAUAAUUUCCGAUAUUUUCAUCAUAUUUUCGUUUACACCCAUAUUAAUUCUGACGGUUUCAUUCAAACAACUAUUUUCAACAAUGGAUACCGAAUUUGUACAUAUUUUAGUAUUGCUGAAAAAUAUUGCUAUAAUAAGGAUUUGUUCAGUGAUCGCAAAACCACUUAUCAGUUGGUCUUAGAAGUUUAGUAGUGGGUUUUAGGUUGAGCUGGGUCAAACAUCUUGAAUACGUCUACAAUACAUAGCAUUAAUGCAUUUACAUAUGUAUGUAUGUAAAAUAUCUAAUCAAUGUAGAAAGCAUUAAUAUGAUAAAAUCUUUACUAUUAUGAUUUCUAUUUGAAAGCAUUUCGAUCGAAAUCGUACUACAUGCAAAUGUUAUACUAUUAUUACACCCGUCGAAUCACACUCGUUAAAUCAUUGAAAUGCAUACAUGCGGGUAUGUAUAUUCGGAAAGUAAAUGACAAACAAUUAAAUUUAAUUAAUCAAGACUGCGGCUAAAAAAGCUUUAUCAACCAUUAACGUAAAUAAUACUCAAUACCAGCUUUAAACUCUUAUGAGUACUAAUGUCUGGGUUUCAAAAAUGUUGAAUACCUAAAAACAUGUUUACCAAAUAGUCAAACCCCGUACUCGGUCAAAUAUCCAGAAAAAACCUGAGUCGAAUUUACUGCAUUUUAUUAUAAAAACUUUUAUAAAAAUACUUAAGAUUGUUAAAGUAAUUAAUUAAACAUAUUUAUUCGAAGCACUUGGUUCGCUAAGAAAGCUUGUAUUCUACGCAAAAGUAUCAAUAGAAUAGAAUAUUUUAAUAUUUAUUUGAUCUAAAAAUUAUAAUUUUUAAACAAUUAUAUUGGUCGGUUUUUUUAACUGUAAAAUCGUAUUUAUCUUCACAGUUUGAGAGAUUUCACAAGCCAACAAAUAUUUGUUUCGGCUGUUCAUAAGCUAAUGAACGAUGGUUCACAGAUCUCAAAACUAACAUUGAUUUCCAAUUGUACCCAUAUGUAAUAUCUUGCUUAAAUCACUGGUUAUUCUUAUGUGAAUUUACAUAUUUUAUGGGAAAACUUGCUUCUGUUAUUUAGUUGUAUUGACAAUUGAGAUGGAUGAUUUUAACUUAAUUAUUUCCCAAUUUUUUAUUUAAUUAUUUCAGUUGGAACUCGAAUCCAAAUUCAUUAAAACCAAAAUAUAAAGCCAAAUCGCACUGCUUCUAAGUUACAAAAGAAACUUUUUUUAGUUACAAAAAUCAAAACUCACUGAAUAUAUUUAGAGUAUAAUAAAAAACUCAAUAAACAUACAUAUGUAUAUGGACGGUAAAACAACUGGAACAUCAUCUAAGCAUCCUAGUGCAUAAUAAUAGUAGUACUACUUACUGUAAUCUAGAUGUUAAUUUCCAAUUAUGUAUGUUUUAUCAUAAAAUAUGAACGUAAACGAGGAUUAGUGCUGUAGCACUCAGUGAAUUUGGUUUGUUUUGUUCUUAAUAAAGUUAUUAGUCUUAGUUAUGCCAAGAUUCCCACUUAGAUGCAUAAUAUUUGUGAUAACAUAACUGCAAAAUAAGUCAUACAAUCCCUUUCUUUUAUUUAUUACUCAAAGAAACCACAAAAUUUGCACAUUAGGGAUGGCAAUCAACUUAGCAAAGUGGAGUGGAGUGUGUCCAUAACACCUUUUUUUACAAAAACAAUAAAUUCGAUUUUCAACAUACAUAUAUGUUUAAUACAAAUUAAGGACAAAUAAACCUUUAGGUAAGAGGAUCUGUAAACUAAACAGGUUCCCCAAUUACUGAUAAACCGAUUGUAAUUUUUCUUUAAGUACCCGCUACCAAAUUAUAUUUAGAUAUAUUGUAGUAAAUCAUUAAAUUGAACUUAGCUAAACUAAACCAAAAUGUAGACAAAAUAAAUUUAUUAAGAUAUACACGAAAAGGACUUGAAGAGUGCAACCUAUAUAAUUCUGCAAAUUAAACGAAGAAACUAAACAAAGAUUGUUAAAACAUGGUUAAAUAAACUAAAACGUAAUUAAUACAAAAGCUAAAUGUUGAAAAUAAACUAAUGUAAUUAAUUAAUAAACAAUAUUGUUACUCUAUAUUAGGUAAAAGUGUUUUGCAAAAGCUUUAAUAUUUAGGGUGCCUACAUUUGCUAAAAAUUAGGAUUUUACGAAAACAAAACUUUUAAAGUAUAAGAAUAUAUUACAUAAGUAUGAGAAAACAAAUCAAAAAUCAUAUGCAUUCUAUUAGUUUCAGAACCAUUUUCGUCAACCAUUUUAUUACUUAUACAAACUACAUACAUAUGACAGACAAACCAGACCACAAUUGCCGAUUUUCAUGAACAAGAGUUAUUAAGUACAUUUUUUUUGCGUUUUUAUAGAAGAUUAUUCUGCUGAGCGGAACUGAUACACUUGCAUUUUUGUUAUUUUAUACGCUUUCUACGCUCAAUCGUCUUUUUAUAUCGUUAAUUACUACACAAAUUAUUUUUGUAUAAAAAAAAAAAGUAU